AUGUCAGCCUCCAAUCUGCUGGCUAAUUACUGUACCGAGCUUCAUGAUGACCAGGCGCAGAACGUGGACAAAUACCUGCACCAUUUUCAGCUGUCAGAUAAGACGUUGAUGGAUUUGUCAAUAAGAUUUCGACGAGAGAUGGACAAAGGCCUGUGCAGAGACACCAACCCCACAGCUGCUGUCAAGAUGUUGCCCACGUUUGUGCGCUCCACACCUGACGGAACAGAACAAGGUGAAUUCCUGGCACUCGAUCUGGGCGGAACCAACUUCCGAGUGCUCCUGGUCAAAGUUAUGGCUAAUGGCAAGCAAGCGGUGGAGAUGGAAGAUCAGAUAUAUGCCAUUCCUGAACACCUCAUGAGAGGCUGCGGAUCUGAGUUAUUUGACCACAUAGCUGAUUGUCUGGCUAACUUUCUGGAGAAGUUGGGUAUAAAGGAUAAAAAGCUUCCUCUGGGUUUCACCUUCUCUUUUCCCUGUCAGCAGACCAAGUUGGAUGAGGCUGUUUUGGUGUCUUGGACUAAAGCCUUCAAGUCGAAUGGGGUAGAGGGAAAGGAUGUGGUCAACCUUCUGAGAAAAUCAAUCAAAAAACGAGGGGACUUUGACGUCGACAUCCUGGCUGUGAUCAAUGACACAGUAGGAACCAUGAUGACCUGUGGCUAUGAUGAUCAUCACUGUGAAAUUGGCCUCAUUGUGGGAACGGGGACCAAUGCCUGCUAUAUGGAGCAAAUGAGGAACCUUGAGCUGCUGGACGGUGACGAGGGGCGGAUGUGUGUCAAUAUAGAGUGGGGCGCUUUUGGAGACGAUGGGACCCUCGAGGACCUGCGCACCGACAUUGACCGGGAAAUAGACGCAGGCUCUCUGAACCCUGGCAAGCAGCUGUUUGAGAAGAUGAUCAGUGGCCUGUACAUGGGGGAACUGGUGCGUCUAAUCCUGGUGAGAAUGACCAAAGAGCAGCUGCUGUUCCAGGGCAAGACUACAGCAGAGCUCCUCACAACAGGAAGCUUCAACACCAGCUACAUCUAUGCCAUUGAGAAUGACAAAGAUGAGGAAGGCCUGUCGAGUGCAGAGAAGGUGCUCCGGGGCCUGGGUCUGGACCCGUUGGUUGAGGACUGUGUAUCCACUCAGAGGGUGUGUCAGAUUGUAUCUACACGGGCUGCACACUUGUGUGCUGCCACUCUAGUGGCAGUGCUGCGGCAGAUCCGGGAUAACAAAGCAGCUGAGAAGCUGCGUACGACUAUUGGCGUGGACGGCUCCGUUUACAAGAAUCAUCCAGAGUUUUCCAGGAGGCUCCACAAGAUGGUAAGGCGACUUGUGCCAGACUGUGAUGUGCGUUUUUUGCAGUCACAGUGUGGCAGUGGGAAAGGUGCUGCCAUGGUAACAGCAGUAGCCUACCGCCUAGCCGCUCAACAUGCUGAGCGUCAACGCAUUCUCGACACCUUGCGUUUAGGCCGUGAACAGCUGCUGGAAGUAAAAAAGCGAAUGAGUGAGGAGAUGGUGCGCGGCCUGUCGAAGCAAACCCAUGAGCAGGCGAGCGUCAAGAUGCUUCCCACCUUUGUUAGAGCCACACCGGAUGGAACAGAGCAUGGCGACUUCUUGGCUUUGGACCUUGGGGGCUCCAGCUUUCGGGUACUGUUGGUGCGCGUGCGAAGUGGAAAGAGACACAAUGUGGACAUGCACCACAAGAUCUACUCUAUUCCCCAGGAGACUAUGCAGGGCACAGGGGAAGAGCUUUUCAGCCACAUUGUGUACUGCAUCAACGACUUCCUGGAAUACAUGGGCAUGAGUGGAGCAUCCUUACCUCUGGGAUUUACAUUCUCCUUCCCCUGUCAUCAAAGCAAACUGGAUCAGGGCAUUCUUCUAAAGUGGACAAAGGGUUUCAAAGCCAGCGGCUGUGAGGGACAAGAUGUUAUCAGGUUGCUUAAAGAUGCUGUCCGCCGCAAACAGGAAUUUGAUUUGAGCUUCGUGGCGGUGGUUAAUGACACAGUGGGCACCAUGAUGACCUGCAGCUAUGAGGACCCCAAAUGUGAAGUGGGACUCAUUGUAGGCACGGGGACCAAUGCCUGUUACAUGGAGGAAAUGGAGAACAUUGAACUGGUGGAGGGUGAUGACGGCUGUAUGUGUGUCAACAUGGAGUGGGGAGCAUUUGGUGACAAUGGCGAACUUGAUGACUUCUGCACCCAGUUUGAUCGCAUUGUGGAUGAUUGCUCUAACUAUCCUGGGAAACAGAGGUAUGAGAAGAUGAUCAGCGGCAUGUACCUGGGGGAGAUAGUGAGGAAUGUGCUUUUGGAUUUUACUGCAAAGGGCUUACUGUUCCGAGGAAAACUGUCAGAGCGACUCAAGACCCGGGGCAUCUUCGAGACAAAGUUCCUGUCACAGAUUGAAAGUGACCGUCUGGCCAUGCGACAGAUCCGCUCAAUUCUGCAGCACCUGGGCCUCACCAGCUCCACAUGUGACGACUCCGUACUGGUGAAGGAAGUGUGCAGCGUGGUGUCCCGCCGUGCAGCUCAGCUCUGUGGUGCUGGUUUAGCUGCUGUGGUCGACAAGAUACGACAGAACCGCAACCUGAAUCAGCUUUCCAUCACUGUGGGAGUGGACGGCACCCUUUAUAAGACCCACCCUCAUUUCUCCAGCAUCAUGCAAGAGACGUUGCAGGAUUUGGCACCGCAGUGCCAGGUGACUUUCCACAAGUCGGAGGAUGGAAGUGGGAAAGGAGCAGCACUGAUCACAGCUGUGGCCUGUAGGAUGAAGAGCGACGGGCAGCACUGAAUCAUCAAGCCUUUGGUGGACAGGUAGAAGCCAAAGGUACUACGAUCGAUCUUGGGUUGUGUUUGGAAUAUUUGUGGUGUGAGUUGAGAUUGCAUAGGAUGGUGGAAGAUUGAGUCAGAACUUUAGUUCAUAGCUUAGUAUGUGUGUUAGAGAAGAGUUACGUCUUCUGUGAAAUACAACUGUUACUGUUAGCUGCAGAGCUCUCUGUCUAUACACUCCCUCGUUUUAUUUGCACCUUCAAACCUGCUGACAACAUGUGUCUCAUAGAAACUUAUAUAUCAGUUUAGUAAUAAUGAUCAUCUUUAUUUAAAGAGCUUUUUAUUAUCCAUGUUACAAAGUGCUUCACAAAGGCAGCAAAUUAAAACAGAAUUGCCAUGAAAUCAUCAGGUUUUAAAAAACAACAACUCUUUGGUGUAUAAAAACUAGUGUUGUCAACUUUGACAACACUAUGUUCAAUUCCGGUAUUUAAUCGCGAUUAAUCACAUUAAUUAAUGUUAAUCACACAUUUUUAUCUAUUCCAAAUGUCCAUUGAUUUU